AGGUAUUUGGGGUUACUCUGGGGCAUUCAGAGUUGCUCUUGGAGGACGCUCCGAUGCUUGGAGGCAUUCAGGUUGCUCUGGGGGAUCCAGGGUUGCUCUGGGAGGAUGUAGGGAUGCUCAGAGGCAUUCAGGUUGCUCUGAGGGAUUCAGAGUUGCUCUUGGAGGAAUCGGGGACGCUCGGAGGCAUUCGGGUUUGCUCUGGGGGAUUCGGGGUUGCUCUGGGAGGAUGCGGGGAUUCCCCAGGGGCUCGGGGCUCCUCUGGGGUGACUCAGGGAUGCUCAGGGCUGGAGCGCCGGUCCCAGCGGCCGCAGGGCAGAGCGGAGCUGCGGCCCCCGGAGGGGCGGGGAGGCGGGGCGGGCCGGGGAGGGGCGGCAGCCCCGCGGCUGCGGCGUGGAGCGGUGCGGGCGAUGGAGAGCGGCGGGGCGCUGAACGGCUCCGCCGCCGCCGGGCGCUUCGCCGCCGCCGGCACCGCGGCGCUGGGCGCGCUCAUGGCCCUGCUGAUCGCCGUCACCGUGGCAGGCAACGCGCUGGUCAUGCUGGCCUUCGUGGCGGACUCCAGCCUGCGCACCCAGAACAACUUCUUCCUCCUCAACCUGGCCAUCUCGGAUUUCCUAGUGCCUUCUGCAUUCCCCUGUACGUGCCCUAUGUGUUGACGGGGAGAUGGAUCUUCGGGAGAAGUCUCUGCAAACUCUGGCUGGUAGUUGAUUACCUGCUCUGCACCUCUUCGGUCUUCAACAUCGUGCUGAUUAGCUAUGACAGAUUCCUCUCGGUGACAAGAGCGGUCGCCUACAGAGCCCAGCAAGGCAACACCAAGCAAGCGGUGCUGAAGAUGGUGAUGGUUUGGGUAUUGGCGUUCCUGCUUUAUGGACCUGCCAUUAUCAGCUGGGAGUAUAUAUCAGGCCGGAGUAUCAUACCCACGGGGGAAUGCUACGCUGAGUUUUUCUACAACUGGUAUUUUCUCAUGACAGCCUCUACGCUGGAGUUUUUCACCCCUUUCAUCAGUGUGCUGUUUUUCAAUCUGAGCAUUUACCUGAACAUACAGAAGCGUACCAAACUACGCCUGGAUGUUUUCCAUGAAGUGCACAACCAGUCCUUCACAGAAGAGAUGGAAAUGAGCCCAGAAGCGAAGCUUUCUUUGAAAUGCUGUAAGUGGGAGCAGAAGGAGCCAGUGGAAACCCUCAACCUCUCUAAGAGCAAAGCUCGAGCAGCAGCCUCCACUGCCGGCCUGGGUGCCAACAACCUGCUGUCAACAAGCUCUGAGGGCUCCGCGAAACCCAAGUGUUCCAACAAAAAGAGCUGUAAAAGUUCUGCAUGCACUCUGUCCUUGGAGAAGCGGAUGAAGGUGGUGUCCCAGAGCAUGACCCAACGCUUCAGGCUCUCUAGAGACAAGAAAGUGGCUAAAUCCCUGGCAAUCAUCGUGGGCAUUUUUGGGAUUUGCUGGGCACCGUACACCCUCCUGAUGAUCAUCCGCGCUGGCUGCCACGGCCACUGCAUCUCUGACUACUGGUACGAGACUUCCUUCUGGCUGCUGUGGAUCAACUCGGCUGUUAACCCCAUCCUCUACCCUCUCUGCCACUACAGCUUCAGAAGGGCUUUUGUCAAACUCCUCUGUCCCAAGAAGCUAAAGAUUCAGCCUCACGAUCCGCUUCAGAACUACUAAAAGUGUGAGGAUGAGAAGAACCUUCUUUAACACACUUGUGUUAUGGAAAAUUACUGUAGCAGUUGCAUCCUUGGAAGAAUCUGGGAGCGCUGCUCUGGGACAUGUGAGGAAGGCAGCAGUGAGACCACUGUUCAUCUAUUCUAGGCCAUCAACAACAAAAUCACUUGGAAUAGAAGGGUAAGGGUUUUUUUGCCAUUAACCACAGUUGGUGAAAUCUGUGUCCUCCACUUGCAGGUGCCACAGAAGAGCUCUGCUGCCACCUAGUCAGCCGGAGCAGCACCAGCAUUUUGUUAAAAUAAGGAAAAAUAAAAACUGAAAAAUAAAAGCUAACAACAACAAAAAGAUAUAACCUAAAAUCAUUGGACUAAGCUGCUUGCAAACCCGAUUUUUCCCAUGAAUGAGAGGGUUUUUUUUCCUUAUGCUGAAGAUAUCCUACACAUGUAAUGAUACAGAAAGAAAAGAACAAACCAGAAGGAAAUCACCUCAUUUUUCAUUACUGCUAUGGUAGCUACAGCCAUAGUCUAGAUGCAUGUGGUGCAAUAGAUGUCCCUUCCAUCCCCUACGAAGGGACGAAUCUCUGUCCUAAGGAGUUUACAGCCAGACUCGGAGGUGUCAAUCAUCCCAAAGGACUCUGUCGGCAUUCCCUGAUCCCUGUGUCAAAACUGAUCCGGUUUCCUUUGCAUCCACACGGCACAGGGAGUGUUUCCCUCACCCGGAGCUGUGCAAACCCAGGCUCUGGUCCUGCGGGAUGUGGAGCCCCCGCAGACCCGAUGGCGAAGGCUGUGGUGCUGAGGUGAAGGUGCCAGCAGGAAAUCAGCUUUUCCACAGCCCCCUCCUGACGAACCAAACACAUUUAAAAAUCUCUUCUGCAGGAUCUAACAAAAUACUCUUUUGGCAACUCGCUAGAGAAUGACAAGCACCGUGAGAAGUGAAACUUGUGUUCUUUUUUAAAGUUUGUUUCAGACCUCUUAAUUCUAGCAAGUUCCACAACUCUCACACGCUUCCUUUGAAAAUACAUCAUUUGAAUGGAGACCCAGGUUAAGCUAAUCCAGGCAACAUAAGCAUCAAUCUCUUUAUUUAUUUAUUAGUAGUCAUAUAUUUCCACAGACAGAGCAUCAGAUCCAAAAGUCUUACGUAAAACCUUGGGCAUUUAAUCUCUGCUUCCCAUGUCAUGCUUCAUCAGACUUGCCCGUUUCUUCUGUAAUCUCUCUGGGAAUAAAUAUAUUAGGACCAUAAAACAAAAGACUUCAGCUCCGCACCUCUGCUGGCACUGCUCAGUGAUAUAGGAACACAAAUACGUAAUUUGUUGCCAUGGUAAAUGCUCAUAUUUAACAGUAUUGUACACAGGAGCUCAAGAUAAUAAGUCUGAAAACAUGUACAAAUAGAAACCCAAAUGCUGUAAAGUAGUAUCCAAAAGCUGAUGAUGUUGUGAUUGCCAAUUACACUUCGCUGUUGUAAGCAGACUGCUUUUUGGCCACUGCUAGGAAUAAAAGAAAUUACUAUGCCACUUUAUUCCUGUACCAUUUGUUGAGUACAUCAGUAUUGUCAUCUGAAGUCAGGUUUUACAUGACGUCUGUUUCGUCUGUAGGACAUUUAAGUGUUGUGACAUGUUCGGUCAGACCAUUAUAUAUGCGUUAAAAUAUAUCCUUUAAAGGACUUGCUCUGAGAAUUGUCAGUAUGUGCUGCUGAGCCUGCUUGUACCUUUCCUUGUGUCCGCUACCUUCCGAAAAGCCCAAUAAAGUAUUUUUAUACGAAA